CCCUAACACCCCAUAGACCCACAACUGACAGCAGUUCAUAUGGCUUUCACAAGGAUAACUACUUGCACACGGCCUAGGAAGCCCAUGAAGUUGAAUGUUGCAGUUCUAGCCCUCACUCUCAUCCUUGGUUGUAUAUCUACUUCAGCAGCCACGCCGUUUGACCACUCUAGUAUCCAUUUACGAAGGCUCCACCGUGCGCGGUUGGCAAAGGAAGGAGCAACAGCCAAGCGUCUAUACUGUAAACAAUCAGGCGGCUGUUCUCAAUGCAAAGAAGAUGAGGAGAUAGAGCGAUAUUGUGCGGACACAGGUUUCAAGGAGGAGCUGCUUUGUACCACAAGCAGCAAACUGGCCGAAGAUAUGCCGGUAGUCCUGACCUACCCCUAUCCAUCCGACGUCCACAUUGACGAUAACCGCAACGACGCCUCCUCCUCCUCCUCCUCCUCCGCGGCAGCCAGCAUCCGGGUAGUGCGUGGCUGCUCCGAGAGCGAUGGGACCCGAGCCGCCCAUGCAGCCGUGGGGGCGCUGCUGGGAGAGGGCACGGCAGCCAUGGCGUUAGGGCGCAUGGGGCUGUUUCAGUUCGAGUUGGUGAUGUGCUUGCUGCUGGGGAUGUCCCUGCCGGUGGUGUAUUGGCGCAAGAUACGGAUACGGCACCUGUGAGGGAUGGGGGGAUAAAGAGGAAGCUGGGGUGAGGGACGUGGGGAAGAAUGAGGAAUGGGAGCAGGGAAUUUGGAG